AUCCAGCAAAUAAACAACACCUUUUCAAUCCGUAACUUUUCUCUGAUUGAUCAAAGUAUAAAUUACCAUAAAACUAGAACUGAAUUUGACUUCAGGAUGUAUCUCAAAAUGUUGGCUCAACGCCUAACUCUACUGUCGGCGCUUCUCGGAUUUGUGUCGGCUGGUAUCAGUGUCGGCCACUGUCCCCAUGUUUCGGCUGUACAUGUGGGGGAAACCAACUUCGCUGGUCGGUGGUACGAAAUCAGAAGGGUAAAACCGGAGGACGAGGGAGGAGAGACGUGUAACUUCGAGGAGUAUAACUUCAGGAAGGAUGUCAACGGUUGGAGUCUGCGAAUAAACAGCACUGGAUAUACGGGCGAAGAAUGGCGCAGCAGUAUCGUUGAUGCCCGGCAGUACAUCUACGCUCGUCACUCGGCUCAGGGUUAUUUCGUCCUCGGAAACCAGAAAGCUGGCCUUCCCAGAUCCGAGAAGCCUAACUUUUUUGUCCUACACGCGGACGAUAAUUUCUCUCUGGCUUAUUUUUGCCAGGGUUUCGGUUCACUGAAAAUGGACCUGGCAUGGAUCAUGUCACGUGAAAGGUUCCCAGAUCCUGAAGAGGUUAAUGAAGUCCAGAAGAAGUUGAGACAUAACGGGGUCUUCUUGGAAAUGACAGACGUGGACCAGGAAGAUUGCCCGGCUACUGAGGGAAUGGGGAUGAAGAACUUGAUGAUGCAGUUCCUGAGAUAUUCUCAAGGUGACGCCGAUUGGCGAUACUGAGCAGUAAAAAAGUAACUCAACACUUGAAAUCAGGACUGCUUCCCAAUCAUUUCACUUUCGCUCAAUUGCUCUUUAACUUCGAUUAAACAAUUUAGUCAAACUGCUGUAAAAACCUUAUCCAUGUAAAAGAAUUACCGCAAUUACUGUAUUUUUUUGUUAAGACUGAUUUCCAUCCAAACUAUUUAUAUUUUUAAUUUU